AUGGUGUCUGAACAACGAGUCCACAAGAUUGCAGUUAUCCCUGGUGAUGGUAUUGGUACUGAGGUGACAGCUGCGACCCUUGAAGUCUUGCACACAGUAGAGAGAUGUGUUGGUUCAUUUCAGUUGCAAUUGACUGAGUUCGAUUGGAGUUCAGAGAAGUAUCUUGGAAAGGGGUUUUAUAUUCCUGAAAAUGGACUAACCUCCCUUGCCACACACGAUGCUAUUCUUAUGGGAGCAGUAGGGUCUCCCACUGUUUCCGAUCACAUCUCUCUUUGGGGCCUUCUGCUUCCUAUUAGAAAAUCGCUUAACCAGUUCGUCAAUGUACGCCCAGUCCGCAUGCUGCCCGGAGUAUCAUCUCCCUUGCGCAGAUGCAAAGAUGGCGACAUCGACUGGGUUAUUGUGCGAGAAAAUAGCGAGGGCGAGUAUGCUGGACAAGGUGGAAUCUCACACCCUGAUUCAUCAAAUGCCACUGCAACUGAAGUUGCAAUCUUUACUCGAAUUGGUAUCGAGCGGACAAUGCGAUUUGCAUUCGAGACUGCACGAUCCCGCGAUCGCAAGAAACUGACCUUAGUGACCAAGAGUAACGCACAACGCUAUGGAAUGGUCUUAUGGGAUCGGGUAUUCGAGAGUUUGCAAUCUGAAUACCCUGAAAUCUCAUGCGAUAAGAUGCUAGUGGACGCAAUGACGGUGAGAAUGGUUCAGAAUCCGCGCUCCCUGGACACUAUUGUAGCGACCAAUCUUCAUGGGGAUAUCAUAUCAGAUCUCGCCGCUGCCCUGGCUGGAAGUAUCGGAAUUGCCCCUUCGAGCAACUUGGAUCCAACGAGACAACAUCCCAGCAUGUUCGAGCCAAUCCAUGGAAGUGCCCCUGAUAUUGCAGGCAAAGGGCUGGCAAACCCUUUGGGGAUGAUCAUAAGCGCAAUUGAGAUGUUGAAGUGGCUCGGUGAAAAGGAGGCAUCGGAUAAGAUUCUCACAGCAAUCAACCUGGUAACUGUGAGUCAGAUCCUAACUCGAGACUUGGGUGGUACGGCAACCACGAAAGAGGUCACAGAAGCCAUAAUACGCUCUCUAGUCUAUUCGGAGCAAUCUUGA